AUGAAUCCUGAAUACGAUUAUCUUUUUAAAUUAUUACUCAUCGGAGAUUCCGGUGUUGGUAAAUCAUGUCUUUUAUUACGAUUUGCUGAUGAUACUUAUACAGAAAGUUAUAUCAGUACGAUCGGUGUUGAUUUUAAAAUUCGAACAAUUGAUCUUGAUGGUAAAACGAUCAAAUUACAAAUUUGGGAUACUGCUGGUCAAGAACGAUUUCGUACAAUCACAAGUAGCUACUAUCGUGGUGCACAUGGUAUUAUUGUCGUCUAUGAUGUGACAGAUCAAGAAUCAUUUAAUAAUGUAAAACAGUGGCUCCAAGAAAUUGAUCGUUAUGCAAGUGAAAAUGUUAAUAAAUUAUUAGUUGGUAAUAAAUGUGAUUUAACAGCUAAAAAAGCUGUUGAAUAUACGAAAGCAAAAGAAUAUGCUGAUUCAUUAAAUAUUCCAUUUUUGGAAACAUCGGCAAAAAAUUCAACAAAUGUCGAACAGGCAUUUAUGACAAUGGCAACAGAAAUUAAGUCUCGUAUGGCAUCAGUACAAUCAGGAACAUCGAAUAAACCAACGUCCGGUGUUCAUGUGACUGCGCCUGGAAAACCAGUACAACAAUCAGGUGGUUGUUGUUAG